CUAGGUGACAGGAGGAAGCGGGAGGUGGAGGAAAGAGAGGAGGGCCCGCCCCCACCUCGCUCUCCUUUACGGGAAGUGAUGUGGGGCCAGACGGAAAAUACCCGCCAAGGACCCAAAAAAGGCCAGCAGCGGUGGACGCCGAGGGCAGGGACACAACUGCGGUGGGGCCAGGACCGCCAGGCCGAGGCAGGUGAACCACUGAGUGCUUCAUUAUGUCUGAUGGAGAUUAUGAUUACCUCAUCAAGUUUUUAGCUUUGGGAGACUCUGGAGUAGGGAAGACCAGUGUACUUUACCAGUACACAGAUGGUAAAUUUAAUUCUAAAUUUAUCACGACAGUGGGCAUCGAUUUUAGGGAAAAGAGAGUGGUGUACAGAGCCAACGGGCCAGAUGGAGCCAUUGGCAGAGGCCAGAGAAUUCACCUGCAGUUAUGGGACACAGCUGGACAGGAGAGGUUUCGUAGUUUGACAACAGCAUUCUUCAGAGAUGCUAUGGGUUUUCUUCUACUUUUUGAUCUGACGAAUGAGCAAAGUUUCCUCAAUGUCCGAAACUGGAUAAGCCAGCUACAAAUGCAUGCAUAUUGUGAAAACCCAGACAUAGUGUUAUGUGGAAAUAAGAGUGAUUUGGAAGACCAGAGAGUAGUAAAAGAAGAGGAAGCCAGAGGACUUGCUGACCAAUAUGGCAUACCCUACUUUGAAACUAGUGCUGCCAAUGGGACAAACAUAAGUCAGGCGAUUGAGAUGCUCCUGGACCUGAUAAUGAAGCGAAUGGAACGGUGCGUGGACAAGUCCUGGAUUCCUGAAGGAGUGGUGCGAUCCAAUGGCCACACCACUACAGAUCCAUUAAAUGAAGAAAAGAAGGGGACAUGUGGUUGUUGAAAACUCAAGUGUGCGGCACCAUAUUUCAGAUGGCCUGUGUAUGUGACCUUCCCUGUGGCUGACACAAGGCACAGUGAGAUUAAUAGGCUUGUGUACAAACUGCUUCUCCCCAUCUCCCUUAGACCUACUAACUAAGCAUCCAGUCUUUAAUUUGUUGCAGCUUUGUAAACAUUUAAGAUUCAGCCUAAGAGUUAGGAAAAAUAUUUCACAGAGCCAAAAGUGCCUUUUACAGCCUUAGCCCAUGAGAGUAAAUCAUUCAAGAAUUCAAGAAUUGGUAACCACAGAAGAGUGUAUUACAAGGAAAAUACCACCUGCCUUAAUGCAAAUAGACCUAGAGUCUCACAUUAAGAUCUUAGGUAUGGUUAUGAAAUAAUCACAGUUUUGAAUCCAAAUUUACAAACUCCUACCAUAGGUGACCUUCUAAAAUCGCCAUUUUAACCACUUGAAUGUUAAAUAAGAAUAUAAAUACACAUCAGAUUAGUGUCUUUGAGCAUUAAUUCGAGGUAAGCAUUCCCUUUAACAUGAAUAGAGGGCAAAUCAUGGCAGAAUCUAUAGAUCCUGGAUAAACUGGAUUGAUGAUAAACUGAUCGUGACUGUAGACUCAUCAUGAUUUUUUGUUGGUUGGAAAAGGGUUGGGGUUCGAGGCAGAGGUGGCUUAAUUAGUAUGAGCAAGUAAAGCUACAUUCCCAUUGCUCUAAGGACCAAUAGAAGGAUCAGGAACUAGAUCUCACAGCUUCAGUUCAUUUAUAGUUGGCCUGUAUCCUGGGCACAUCUGAACACGGCUGGUGUUUAUUCUGUAUAUGUGAUAAGUAAAUAUUUAGCUUGUUUUUCUUCAUAUUUAUAAUGUUGGUCUGGCAUCCUCUGACUGCAGUUUCAAUUAGCUUAUAGACUGCUAAUCUUCUGUCUUCACCAUUAGGCUCUGAAUGGUUGAUAUUUGCAACUUGUUUUAUUUUUUCAUUGGUGCAAUUGAAGAAAUUUGUUUUUAAUUGUGUAGAAUGUCUGUUUGCUAUUUGGCAGAAGAUAGAUGGAUUUGUAUUCUAGUUCAAUCUAAGAGAAACUGAAGUGUUCUAUAGCUUGUAUUUUUCACUGGGAUCAUGGGUGUUUACUGUACUUGCUCGGUCUUGCCAAGAUCAUGUAUUCUGCUGUAUUGCCAAAGUGUCUUCAUACCAAAUUAAAGGUGGUUUUAAAAUAUACUUCAUGGAAAUAGCUUAUAAAGUUCAAAGGUAUUUCAUUUUGAGGAAAAUUCUUAUUUAUUAAAGUGGUUUAAAUAUUGUAGAUUAAAAUUUCUAGAGAGCUUAGUUGUUGUUUAGAAGAAAUAUCACUUAUUAUAAUUUAAAUAAAAACAAAUGUAUUUUGUGGCAGCAAAUAUUUGGCAGAACUGUAACUAGAAAAAUACAAGUAGGAAGAAAAAAUUACUUUCCAAUAAGUUUCAUCUGGCCUUUUAUUGAGCACUUACCAUGUUUUUUUGUUUUUGGCUCCUGUCUUUUUACCACUCCUGUAACAAACCUAACCAUGAUACUAAGAUUUUACAUAUUUCUAUGCUUGAAAUGAAGGCUUCUUUUAAAUACCAAAUAAGUCAUUCAAGCCUCCGCAUUUGAACAGUAUUCUAAUAAGGAAGAUAUCCAUAUGUUUCAAGGGCAGGGCCAUAAUCAUACAGCAGUGCCUUCUAAAGCUGUCAUAAGACUUCAGUGGAGUGUGCCUUAAUUAAGCAGUUAUAUAUCAGGGCACAUUUUAUGUGGUCUAUUUGUAUAAUUAAAAGUAAGACAAGGUUUCAGUUUUCAAGAAUCAGAUGUAUAAGUAGCUACAAAUUCUAUUGGCCUUAAACACAGCACACAGUCAAAUGUAUGCAUAACAGUGCACACUCAAGAACCACCUUUAUUAAUUAAAUAACCAGUAUUCUCUUUGAAAAUAAUUUGUUUAAAUUUGAUAUCAAAGUACCAUAUUUUUGUGUGUCAAUGUAUUUUUCUAUUUACAAUCCCGUGUAAAAGUAAAGCAUAUCUUCAGUGAACCUUAUGCUAACUAAGCGAUAAUAAAAGAGUGAUCUAAUCUGUCAA